ACUAAAAAAAGUUUCAUUUCAAAAUUUUUCGUGCAUGUAAAUUCUGUUUUUGUGUCUUCGAAAUUUAUCGCCGCUUGUCAAAAGUGUUUAUAUUUUAUUCCGUUUUGUACGUCUUCACAAUUCCACUUCGACUAUCUCUAAACACACUUUAAUCAAAAUCGCAGCAUCCACUCACUAAUUAAACAAACACACCUUCCCAUAGCAAUCGUCAUAUUCGCGAAGCUUUGCUAGGUGGACAAAAGGGAAAGUGGCUACAAGCAAGAAAAACCAACGUACAAAAUGUCGAAGAAUUACAUCUCGAGGGAAGAAGCCAUCAAUCAAUUAUAUGACACAAUCAAAACAAAAUUCGAGGAGGAUGGUGUAUUGCAGGAGGUGCGUUGUAUGCUGCAAUCAAAAAUGGUUGCCAUGAUGAAGGGCAAGAAUGAUAGCCACACCACGUUACUUGGGCGUUCAUUGCCCGAUAUGAGUCAGCUGAGCGUUGGUAGUAGUGUAAGUGGUAAUUGCGCUGUGGGCGAUACGAACGAGACUAGCUAUCGCCAAGAUUCACGUCUACAGUGGUUGCAUCAGCUCAUCAUGGAAUACUUCCAUUGGCAUGGCUUUCACUAUACAGCGGAGAUGUUUGCACAGGAAAGUGGCACGGAGAAUGUGCGACCGGUGCGUUCUCAACUUGAGCGGGUAGUCGGACAGUUCGAACGGAAAAGUGUGCCGAUAUUGUUGGAGCUAGUGGCCGAACUUAUGGAGAAAACUCAACCUAAAAGGGAGUGAGAGUGACAGGAAGAGGAAGUCGAAAGGAAAGUUUGGAAAGAAAAUGUGAAUUUUGCUUUUAAAACAUCAUUUUAUAGAUUCAGAGCAGCAGUUUGCUAAGUACUCGUAUGCAUAUGUAAAUCUAUAUAAUUUCUAAAUAAAGCUAGAAUAGAGCUAUGCUCACUAAAAUACUGUUAGAUCACCUGUGUAA